AUGGAGUCGGAAAGGAUAUGGCUGCUGUAUACUGCUGAGAAACAGGAAAGAAGAAAGAAUCUGACAAAAUCAACACCACCUCUUCGAACAAUCAUCGCAAUGGAGUCGGAAAGGAUAUGGCUGCUGUAUACUGCUGAGAAACAGGAAAGAGGAAAGAAUCUGAGAAAAUCAACACCACCUCUUCGAACAAUCAUUGUUAUUGUUUCUAUUGUUAUCCUCGUUCUUGUUUGCGCCUCUCUCCUUGCUUCCGUAUCUGUUCAUUCCUUACCUUUUGCAACGGUAGAUGCUGAAGGUAUUUCUGGCUCUCAACCUGCUAAAGUACACAACUUGGUGCAGGGUAAAUGGAUAGGAUCUUCAACCUGGAAUACAAUUGUGGAUCCUUUAAAUGGAGAACCAUUCAUUAAAAUUGCUGAGGUAGAUGAAACUGGAACUCAGCCAUUUGUAGAGAGUUUGUCGCAGUGUCCCAAGCAUGGACUGCGCAAUCCCUUUAAAUCACCAGAGAGGUAUCUUUUAUAUGGAGACAUAACUGCCAAGGCAGCCCACAUGCUUUCGGUUCCAAAGGUUUCUGAUUUCUUCACCAGGUUAAUUCAAAGGGCUGCUCCUAAGAGUUACCAGCAAGCUCUUGGUGAAGUGCAAGUUACUCAAAAAUUUCUGGAGAAUUUCUCAGGUGAUCAGGUAAGUUAAGACAAACCUUUC